GGGGGUGUUUUUUUCUUUAGGGUGGGGAGCCAGUCAGACCGGGAGUAGCAAUGACAGAUCUUGCUACUGGGCUAUACACAUAUGGAGCAAUUAUGGCUGGUUUACUUCAGAGGUACAAGACAGGAAAAGGACUGCACAUUGACUGCAAUCUCUUGUCAACUCAGGUUGCAUGUCUCACUCACGUAGCAGCUAAUUACCUUAACUGCAAAAUUGAAGCAAAACGCUGGGGUACUGCUCAUGGGAGUAUUGUUCCAUAUCAGGCUUUUAAGACCAAGGAUGGCUACAUCGUGGUGGGAGCUGGAAAUGAUCAUCAGUUUGAAACUGUGUGCAAGGUCUUGAAUUUGCCUGAAAUUAGUAAAGAUUCUAGAUACCAAACUAAUACCCUCAGAGUCCAGAACAGAAGAGAACUUAUUGACAUAUUAUCAACCCGGUUUUCAGAAAAAACAACAAUGGAAUGGUUGCAGCUCUUUGAAGGUAGUGGGGUUCCAUAUGGCCCGAUCAACAACAUGCAGCAAGUAUUCUCGGAUCCUCAG